AUGUCUAACCCCAACUACAGCAAUUACUACGCCCAACCCCAAUCCAAUUACUACAGCCAGCAACCCAGCGCCUCCGACCCGCAAAACCAUGCAGGAUAUAAUUUCCCAGGACAGAGCCAACCUGACCAGCAAUACCAGCAACAGCCCGCACAUACCUACACCCCGCAAUCCAACCCCCCUUACCCCAAUAACAACUCCCCAUACAUCCACCGAGCAAAUAUCCCUCUCACCAUGACCGGAGGCCAAGUAACCGCCUACUCCGAGCCCAACACGCCCUACACAGAGUAUCGGGACAACAACGCACCGUAUACCCAUCCCUCGCAACCCCAAUUGCAAAUGCUCCAAGGCGAAAGCGCUUCGUAUUACGCUCCGCAGGGGUGUCCACCCCCCCCUCCUCCUCCUCCUCCUCCACCACCACCAGCCCCUUCAAACCCCUCAGCUGCAGGCCCAGCCCCAACAACCGAAAAAGGACUAGCAAGCACCGUCACCGGUGCAGCAGCCGGUGGGAUUCUGGGCCGCAAGUUCGGGGGUGGGUUUCUCGGCACGGCGGGAGGGGCGUUGGCCGGGGCGGCGGGGAUGAAGUUCGCGAGAUCUGGGGAUCGGCCUCGGGCGUACGCUGACACUUCUCUGCAGACGCAAAAGGAUGAAGACGAAGAAGCACCGUCGCGGUGGGCGGCAUCGAAGCUGCUCGGAGUCGAGUUCGUCGAGCUCGUCGAGCUCGAGUUCGAGUUCGAGUUCUAG